AUGGCGCCUCGCAAGCCUCGCUGCAACUUCAAGGAGUGCAAGGAAGCCGCACAGCGGAUCGCUCACUCCUGUACGGGGUUAGAGGACUGCAAGAAGGAGUCUCACGCCCGAAACGCCGACAAGCUCAACAGCGAGCGUACCCAAGUCAUCAAGGGCGUAUAA